AUGGCCAAAACUGCAGAGUAUGCCCUUGCUCGGCUGGGUUUCAACUUGAGAAACAAGAGCACAGCAUCUGUGCAGUCGAUGACAACAUGGCCGGAUGGUGCGAGUGCCGUUCCGGACCGCGAGAAAGCAGUACCAAUCAGGAAUGUUUGCAAUGCUGGUAACGAGUGCGGCCAAGCUUGCCCGGUCAGCGCCAUCAAGCUCGCGACGGAAGCUACCACACUCAGAGGGUUACCUGUGGGCCUCACGCGAGCUCACCCUGUUUACGGUCAUUUGGAGCCUUUUCGGUACAAGGUCCAAUGUCUUAGUCACGUCGAUAUGUUCGUUUCUGGCGAAGUCAGGUGGGAACCCUACCUUGACAAGGAUGUGUUCAUGACGCUACAGAGUGUUCACAUUGGAACUUGGUAUUGCCCUCAUAUUCAACGACCCUAUAAGCAGCUUCCUUGUCGAUCAAACGAUCCUCUGGUCUACGAUCGUUUGCAUGCUAGGAUGUACCCUCACUGGAAUUGGCUGGCUGGGAAAAUGUCGGCGCUAAUGCUUGGGAGGCUUGAGCACAUGGUGCGACGUGGUACGUUUGGAGGCGACAAGCUUAACGAGCGAGUAGGGGAUGUGCGCUCGUCUAGUGAGAAAGAUGGGCCAAAGAACCGUCGAGCUUGUCGCUUCCGCGACGUGGCGCUGUCUAGAUCAACGGCUUGCCGGGCGGGAAAGCGUCCGAAGAUCCGUAUCGCAGACUGCUUUGUUAGACGGCCGGGUUGGCAAGAUUACUUCAUAGAGAUCGUAGACUGGUUUGCAUUGCUGUCUACUCCUUUGCAUACUCGCACCACGAUCAGAGUACCUGAUACCAUCUCACCACCAUCUGCGUCAUUGGCAUCGCCUGCAUCUUCGAUUCGAAACUACAGCACUGUCACCGCACCCACGACCGACGCCGCGAAGCGUCAGCGCCAUCGUUUGGCCUGGGCUAGAGCGACCGGAUUUUCUGGCAGUUGUAAUAAGCAACGGACUCCUGUCCGCCAAGUAGUACUCUCAAUGUUGCGGAAAAUCGAGCCAGGCCCUACGUCAACUGCCAAGACGUCAACGGGAGCCAUCCAUCACCACACUGCAUCAUCAGGUCGGGUCGGAUCAGUCACCUGCUCGGUUACUACCACAGCUCCAGCGUCAGCCAAUCUCCUGGGCUUCACCAUUCAAACGCCCAGCACGACCUCUAGCGGUGUCCUGAGCGCGUCCUCACACCCAUACCACAAGUCUUACUCAUACUACAUUCACUUGACUGCACACCCACCUCCCGCACGUGUACACCCCCCGGCUCUGACCAUGACUACCAUACAGAACCUCAAGAACUUCAUCCGGCAUGGGAAGCAAGCACGCGACGGCCGGUCACCGCAGGGCGAAGCGACCACUCACGUCUCGAAUGUCCACGCGCAGCAGCAGCGCAACAACAACUACGCCGCUCAGCAACAGCACAACCAAUACGGCAUAAGCGAUCCUAAUGUCUACGAGCACAAGCCACUUCAAGCACAAGCGCCCGCGCACGACUAUUCUGCGCCCGUGGUAGACGGCCGAAAUGUAGCCGCCAAAGCGGGACAUGCUGCUGCUGGGGCUGUAGACCAGGCACAGAAGCGGAACCAGAAGAAAGACGACUACGACCCUGACGUACUGCAACGCAUCGUGGCCGAGGAGCGCGAGAGCAAAGGUAAGCUGCCUAGGUACCCUGGCCUGGAACGAUGGACGCUCGUGGAGAAGAUGGGCGACGGCGCUUUCAGCAAUGUCUACCGAGCCAAAGACAACCAACACCAACACGAUCAGGUCGCCAUCAAAGUCGUACGCAAGUUCGAGAUGAACUCGACACAGGGCGUUCUACAUCCGGACUUCGAUAAAAAGGCGCCGAAGACAGUGGAGCGUGCCAAUAUUCUCAAAGAAGUACAGAUCAUGCGGCAACUCGACCAUCCCAACAUCGUCGGCCUCAUCGACUUCUCAGAAAGUCGGCAGUACUAUUACAUCGUUCUCGAGCUAUGCCCUGGUGGCGAGCUUUUCCACCAGAUUGUCCGUUUAACAUAUUUCUCCGAAGAGCUGUCACGACAUGUGAUUGUCCAAGUCGCAAACGCGCUGGAGUACUUGCAUGAGGAGGCUGGUGUUGUGCAUCGGGAUAUCAAACCCGAGAACCUACUUUUCUAUCCAAUUCCGUUUGUACCAACCAAGAAUCCCAAGCCGAAGGGCCCAGAGGAUGAAGACAAGGCCGAUGAAGGCGAAUUCAUCCCUGGUGUCGGCGCAGGUGGCAUCGGUACCAUCAAGAUUGCCGAUUUCGGCCUGUCGAAAGUCAUCUGGGACAGCCAGACAAUGACGCCUUGCGGCACCGUCGGCUACACUGCACCGGAAAUCGUCAAGGAUGAACGAUACUCGAAGAGUGUCGACAUGUGGGCGCUCGGCUGCGUCCUGUACACACUGCUUUGCGGCUUCCCUCCGUUCUACGAUGAGAGCAUUCAGGUCUUGACCGAGAAGGUAGCGCGUGGCCAGUACACGUUCUUGUCGCCGUGGUGGGACGAUAUCUCGAAAUCUGCGCAAGACUUGGUGUCCCAUCUAUUGACUGUGGACCCUGACAAGCGCUACGACAUCAAGCAGUUCCUCGCCCACCCCUGGAUCCGCCAGACCAAUGAGCCAACCCACGCUGCGGCGGAUGCACCGCCUCUUGCCACGCCUCUCUACUCGCGCCAAGGUGCACAAUCCGCCGGAUUUAACGACAAAGGACCCUCGCCACUUAAGCCCGACUUUGCCUAUCUCGACGAGACACCUGGAGCCGGCCGUCGCCAGGACUUCCGCUCCCCGGGCGCUGUCAACCUCCGCGAAGUCUUCGACGUCGGAUAUUCCGUGCACCGCCAAGAAGAAGAAGGCAAGCGGCGCAAGAACUUCAAGCAAGGCUACCGUGGCGGCAACCCCAUGAACAGCCUGAACGCUCUCGAUGAAGAGUACGACGACGACGAGUUCGAGGGCGAGAGCGAGCCGUACAGUGCCAGUCAGGCCAAUCCCCCGGCCAAGGUACCCAAAGCUGGCGGUCCCGGUGCCGAUGUUGCGGCAAUGGAGAAGCAAAUGCGCGACACGAAGCUUUCGGCUGCAGCACAGGCACGACAGGCAGCUGCACCAAAGACAACCGCCGCAUCGCAAGCGAAAGGAUAUGGACAGCAUUCGCCGGAAGUCGCCGCGGCGGCUAAGCGGCAGGUCAAGAACAAGGCUGGCGCCUUCGAACUAAGUCUUGACAAUGCGACGUUGCUUGGUCGGCGCAAAAAGCCCGUCGAACCAAGUGGACUGCGUCAGGAGCAGGUGGUGCAGUGA